UACAAAUAUGCCUGCUUCGGAUCAGCUAGAUUUGGCAUUGGCCUGGAACCAGAUAGAUGUUGCCAAGAAACACAUACUGGUUUAUGGACAACGCUGGAAGGUUGGUGCCUUGGAACAGGCAAUGCUGAAUGCUUUAGUGAUGGACCAUGUGGAUUUUGUGAAGUUGUUAAUAGAGCAUGGAGUGAACAUGCACCGUUUUCUUACCAUAUCUCGUUUGGAGGAACUCUACAAUACAAAGCAAGGACCAUCAAACCUACUUUUGCAUCACCUAGUUCAAGAUGUGAAACAGAAUACUCUUUCUUUGGAUUACAAGAUAUCACUGAUUGAUAUUGGGCUGGUGAUAGAAUACCUCCUUGGUGGAGCUUACCGGAGCAGCUACACAAGGAAGCAUUUCCGAAUUCUCUACAAUGACCUCUGCAGAAAACACAAGAGAGUGCUUUCCAGCUUUUCCCAAAGCCUGUCUCAUUCUCUUCAUCAGAGUAAUCAGUCGGCUAGCAGAAUGGGAUCUGCUGAAAGUACUUUGCAUUCUCAGUUCUUCAGAACAGCACAGCCUUACAAAUACAAGGAAAGAACCACUGCUUUCCAUAAGUGUAAGAAGAAAUCAAAAGAGGGUAUAAGCUUUGCAGAGAACUAUGAGUCAUCUGGCUUUAUAUACCCCUAUAAUGACCUCCUGGUUUGGGCAGUAUUAAUGAAAAGGCAGAAGAUGGCAAUGUUCUUCUGGCAGCAUGGAGAGGAAGCCAUGGUCAAAGCCGUUGUGGCUUGUAAACUCUACAGGGCAAUGGCACAUGAAGCUAAACAGAGCAACAUGGUGGAUGACACUUCAGAAGAACUGAAGAAGUAUUCAAAGGAAUUUGGGCAACUUGCCUUAGAUGUGCUGGAGAAAGCAUUCAAACAAAAUGAGCAGAUGGCCAUGAAGUUGCUGACCUAUGAACUAAAAAACUGGAGCAACUCAACUUGCUUAAAACUAGCAGUGUCUGUGGGGCUGAGGCCUUUCGUGUCGCAUACGUGCACACAGAUGUUGCUGACUGAUAUGUGGAUGGGACGCCUGAAGAUGCGGAAGAACUCCUGGUUUAAGGUCAUUAUGAGUAUUCUCCUGCCUCCCACCAUCUUGAUGCUGGAGUUUAAAAGCAAGGCAGAAAUGUCUCAUGUGCCUCAGUCUCAAGACUUCCAUCAGUUCACAUGGUAUCAUGGGGAUCAGAGCCCAGUCAGCUCUAAAGAUGCCUCAUGUCUGGAUUAUGAUGUGGAGAAGGUUGCUCAGAAGUCUGAUGAAAGCCAAGUAGAUGGUGGACAAGGAAACCUGCCUGGGACCAGAAAAUUCUAUGAGUUCUACAAUGCACCAAUUGUCAAGUUCUGGUUUCACACGAUGGCGUACAUGGUUUUUCUCAUGCUCUUCACUUACACUGUACUGGUGAAGAUGGAACCAAGACCAAGUGUGCAAGAGUGGCUUGUUAUCAUUUAUAUUUUCAGCACUGCCAUUGAAAAAGUCAGGGAGGUAUUUAUCUCGGAACCUGGAAAAUUCCUCCAAAAAGUGAAGGUGUGGAUUUAUGAAUACUGGAAUUUUACUGAUUCUAUAGCUAUCAUCCUAUUUAUGAUUGGUUUUGGCUUGCGCUGGUCCAAACCCCCUGUUCAAACUGCAGGGAGGCUACUUUACUGCUUGGAUAUAAUAUUUUGGUAUGCUCGGCUCCUUGAUCUUUUUGCUGUGAAUCAGCAUGCUGGCCUAUACCUGACAAUGAUUGGGAAAAUGACAGCAAACAUGUUCUAUAUUGUAGUCAUGAUGGCCAUAGUCCUGUUGAGUUUUGGAGUGUCACGAAAGGCAAUCCUUUCACCAGAAGAACCUCCUUCUUGGACUCUGGCACGAGACAUUGUGUUUCAGCCUUACUGGAUGAUGUUUGGUGAGGUCUAUGCUGGAGAAAUAGAUGUCUGUGAAACCAAUGAAGACUGUCCUCCCGGUUCCUUCCUCACGCCGUUCCUCCAGGCUGUCUACCUCUUUGUGCAGUAUAUCAUCAUGGUCAACUUGCUGAUUGCUUUCUUUAACAAUGUUUAUUUUGAUUUGAAAUCCAUAUCAAACAAGCUCUGGAAGUACAACAGGUACCGCUACAUUAUGACUUACCAUGAGAAGCCAUGGCUGCCUCCACCAUUCAUCCUUCUGAGCCACAUUGGACUUCUGAUAAACUGCAUUUUCCACCAUCAACCUCCAGAUGAGCUGGAUCAAGAGGAAGGCGAUGUUGGACUAAAGCUGUACCUGAGUGAUGAGGAGUUAAAGAAGCUCCAUGACUUUGAGGAACAGUGUGUGGAAAAAUAUUUUCAUGAGAAGAAUGAAAGCCUGAGUUCCAGUGACAGUGAAAGGAUUCGUCUGACAACAGAAAGAGUGGAGGAGAUGUUUCUGCAGCUUAAAGAAGUGCAUGAGAAAGUAUUUUGUAUCAAGGAGUCUUUACUUUCCCUGGACAGCCAGCUAGGACAUUUACAAGACCUGUCUGCCUUGACAGUGGACAUCCUGAAAGUGCUUUCAGCUGUAGACACCUUGCAGGUGGAAGAAGCCUUACUGGCUGACACAAAGCUUCAAAGCUGUAGGAAGCUGCCCCAUAGCUGGAGCAAUGCGCUCUAUUCCAAGACCUUGAGCAGCCUGGAGUGUUUGUAUGACAAGAAAUACCACUACUACAGCAUGCCAUCCUCCCUUUUACGGAGCUUGGUAAGGAGUCAGUGGCCAUCAGAGUGCAAAGACCAUGUAUUUAGGAUGGAGAGUAACAAGGUAGAAGACAGCUCUCAAAAGAUAGAGAUAGAAAGUGACACACUCACUUCAGGAGUAUCUUCUGAGACUAAAUCAACCCCUAGAUAUGGACAAUUUUUGCUGGUGCCCCCUGACCAUCAGGGAGGGUCUUUCUCUGAGGAUGUCACCUUAAAUUUGUCUUUCUUGAGCACUCCUGACAAGUACAAGGACCAUGCAUUCAGAGGUGAACUGAGUAGCAUUGUUGUGCAGCAGAAUUUGCAGAGUGUCAGCCUCGUUGGAAAAAAGCCAGAAGAUUAUGAAUGGAACCAGAGAGACUUUGUUAUUCAUUUGCUGUCAGAAAAGACUAAUGCCAUAGAGGCUGAUCAUUCUCUUGGUCUUCACCCAUCACUGGAUAUCGAAAAGAAUGCAGCACCCUUCUGUGAUGACAGGUUAAAAACUAAAGGUGGUUAUGUGAACUGGGGAUUUUCUGAAGGUGAUGAAAAAGGGGUUUUUAGCUCAGAAACAAAGAAGAAGGCCCUGUGCAUACAUUCUACCUAUAACAGUGACUGCAGUUGCACUGAUAGUCCUCCCGGGCAUGUCCAGAUAAGAGAAUCAAAGCCCUUCUGCAACUCAGAGAGGUCACAUCGCAGCAGCUUCAUCUCUCACAACAAGCUGAAACGCAGCACCUCCUUCUGGAUCAGCCCACUCUGGAGGGACUGGAGUUUCUGCAGGAGCAACAGCUUACAGUCCACUAAGAAAGUGAAAAGAGGGAAAUCCUGCAAGGCCGUUGGUGAGUCUUUACAAUCCAGUGAGCUACACCACAGUGAGGCAACAAAAGCACAACAACAAAACAGAGACAGAAAGUCUGGGAGAGAAAAGAAGAAUCAAGAAACUCUUCAGGUGCCGGUGAUUAGAGUGGAUGGUUGUCCCCAGAACACCCAAGUGAGCUCAGAGCCUGCAGAGAUCAAUGUCUGGGAUGAGCAAGAGAAGCACAGCAAGAACUGGCUCACCGUGUCUAAUUUCAGUCAGCUAAGUUUGGAACGUCUCAGUUGUGUGCACCAGAAAAUGAAAAAUCAAGACAUUGUUAGGCAUACCAUACCAUUCUGUGAUUACCUGAGGCAUUCUCAAGAGGAUUUGGGUAAUAGCAUAUUUGGAACCACCAAGAAAAGUAAUCAGAACAGGAGCUCAUCGUUGAGAACUUCAGAGGAAGCUGACAAUAUGUUUGCCUGCUUGAAAACAUCUCAAGAUCUGCAUCAUCACUACUCAGCUGUUGAAAGGAACAACUUAAUGAGACUUGCUCAGACGAUACCAUUUACACCAGUUCAGCUCUUUGAUGGAGAGGAAGUGACCGUCUAUCGGCUAGAAGAAAGUUCACCUAUGAGCCUUGAUAAAAGCAUGUCUUCCUGGUCCCAGCAUGGUGUGGCUGCAAUGAUCCAAGUCUUGUCAAGGGAGGAAAUGGAUGGGGGUCUGCGGAGGGCCAUGAAGGUCAUCUGUACUUGGUCUGAAAAUGACGUAUUAAAGCUGGGACAAGUAUUUAUUGUGAAGUCUUUUCUGCCAGAGGUGGUUCAGACUUGGCAAAAGAUCUUUCAUGAUGGCACAGUGUUGCAUCUCUGCCUCAGGGAGAUCCAACAGCAAAGGGCUGCCCAGAAGUUAAUCUAUACCUUCAAUCAAGUGAAGCCUCAUACUAUUCCUUAUACUCCAAGGUUCCUGGAAGUUUUCCUCAUCUACUGCCAUUCAGCGAACCAGUGGCUGACCAUUGAGAAGUACAUGACUGGCGAGUUUCGGAAGUACAACAACAAUAAUGGGGAUGAGAUUACCCCCAGCAGCUUGCUGGAAGAGCUGAUGCUGGCUUUCUCUCACUGGACCUACGUGUACACCCGUGGGGAGCUCCUUGUCCUGGAUUUGCAAGGUGUUGGGGAAAACCUUACGGAUCCAUCUGUAAUUAAACCUGAAGACAAAAAAUCUGGAAAGAUGGUAUUUGGACCAGCAAACCUAGGAGAAGGUGCAAUAAGAAACUUCAUCACAAAGCACCGUUGUAACUCUUGCUGCAGGAGGCUGAAACUUCCUGAUUUGAGAAGUGACUGCACACUGGAAAGGGUCAGUCCAGCCUUGGAAACAGAAAUGGAGACAAGCACCAGAGAAGCUGAUGAUGCAGAUGAGCCUUUGGAGUAUGAUACGCGGCUGUGAAGCAGUGGUUGUGAGCAGAGCCCAUGUGCUUCCAUGUUCCUGCUUAUCACUGUCAUGGGUCAGUCCAGAAGAACAGAAAUGCAGGUGUCUGAGUGCAGCAUCUGUCAGUGGUUUUUUGUUUGUUUGUUUGUGGAUUUUUAAGUGUGAAUUAGGGUUCCAAGUGGUGCUUUCUUAGGAAAAUGACUGUGACAAGCAUAUUUCCAAGGAGGAGUGACUUGAUGUUUCUCUUUCUCCUCUUUAGUAAAUAACUGAAUGUAUACACAUGUACAAAUCAUUACUUUUCAGAGGCAGACCCCACUCCGCCCCAUGUUCACUCUUCUUGGGCAUAGGAGGCUCUCCAGGAAAUUGCAGAAUACCUGCUCUAUAUUGUUGAUUUUGAUGCAGAGACAAACCAAGAAUAUACGAGUAAUGGAUUAGUGUUUUAAACAGUAGUCAUUGAUAUAGCAAGUAGACUGAAAAGUUUUGUGGGAGCUUCAGUUUGAAUUCUUUUCACAUAACAAGAAAGUUGAACAAUAAAGGAUUAGGUAAUUAGACCCACAAGCAUAAUUGACCUUCCUCAUUUUGAGUUCACGAAAUUGAUAAAUCUAUGCUCUUUAACAAACAUGAAAAAUAACCUUGAAUGUGAUUCGACUUUUAACCAGGAUCAGCCUUUCUUUAUAAUAUUUUAGCUUCAGCAUGUUUUGAAGUUGUAAUUUGCAACAAAGAUUUUAGAAGUCACAAAGAAUAAUAUAUUCUACUUGGUAUGUAACUUCUUGUUGUCAGUGUCUGGCUGUAUGUAGUACCUUCAUUUAACAGUGGUGCAGUUAUAUCUAUGCUUUUGCAGCAUCUGCAUCUGUUUCUGUUGAUAUUAUCUGAUUUCAGUAGAAGUUCACAAAACACAAAAAUCAACUGUGGAAUAUGAUUUUUUAAAGAUUGAAAUGAAGUGCUCAGGAGAAAUAUCUCUAAUACAACCAGUGUUGUAUUACAGUUAACAUCUAUCAUUAAAGCAACUUUGCACUUUCGUAUUGAGUAGAAAUACCUAAUGUUGAAAUGUAAGUCAACAGAAAACUUUAUACUUGAAUAAGAAACAAAAUCAUAUAUCCACUACAGCUAUAGUAAAUUUUAAUGCCUAAGGGAGCUAUUUGUUAUGAUCUGUCAUUCAUUUUUUAUAGUUAGAAAAUGUCUAUCUAUACAUAGGUAUUGAAAGUUAUAUGUUCCCAGUUUUCAUAUUGAUUAUGGUAUUGAAGAUGGCAUAGAAAUAAUCACUCAGACUAUGUUCAGCUGAGAUGCUAGUUCCCGUGAGCAUCCUGGAAAGAUUUUUCUUAUUUUUUAUCUUUUUAAAAAUAGUUUAAAAGAAACAUAUUUUAACAGAAAACCCCGUUAGAAUAUACUGUUUGUUUUGCAAAAAAUGUACUCCUUUUUGGCUUUUUUGGAAGUAAUUCAAUGUAUCUGAAUGUUUAGGUUGACUGUGAAAUAGAUUGUUUAACUGUAUCUCUACAGAAUGAUGGUGGAUUUUGAUCCCUUUGCUGGUAAGGUAGUAGUUCUGCUUGCAGUGAUUAUCGUCUUAAAAUUUGGCUUUAUGGAGAUAUGGACUUACAUGCAUACUUAUAUACUUUAAAGGCAGAAUUUUCACUACAGGAUCUCUAAUUGUUAGUAUGACUUCAAAUUCAGUGAAGUUAAAUAACACAUAAAUAUAUCUUUAAAGCCAAGGACAAUUUAAGCUCUGUCCUGAUAGUGUUGUUUUCCUCAAUCAUUUCCAUAAAUUCUGAACACAUAUAUAUAACACUAAAAAUAAACUCCACAGAAGGCUGGGGCUGAGCACCUUUUGUUUCUCUUAAAGUUUUGAAGAUAUACACAAGUUAUACUUCUGGUGAUCUUUUCUUGACAACCCUCCUUGUUGCCUUCAGGAGUGAGUGGAUUCUGCGUUAAUAGCGAUACUUGUAAGAAUUCUUACGGUAUAUAGCUCAGUGUAGAUUCAUCUUCUUCAAUCAUGUUAAUUCCCAUGAAGUUACCUACUACCCACAAUUUGCCUUGAAUUGGGCAUCCUUGCAAGACACUAAUCUGUGUUAAAAUAUAGUUGAUAGAAACUUGCUUGAUACUUUAUUUCACUCAGUAUGAAAUAUUAAUGUGAUGAAACAGGAAAAGGAGGCAUUUGGAAUUGUUCCAUUAUAUACUGGUAUGCUAGCACUAAGUUUCCCGUUCAUGGAGACACUAAGCUGAAAAAUUCCAGUGAUCCUGCGGGUGAUUAAUUUUGCCUCACCUUUCUUUUUUUGCAUUUUAUUGGGGAGGUAUAAUUCCAGUUGCACUAAACUGUAGAUUUGAAUAUUUGGUUAAAGACCCCCUCCCAGCUUUGUCACAGUUCAGUAAUAAGUUAUAAUUAAAAUAAUUUGUAAAGUUGGUUUUAUUUCUUUUGAGUCCUUGAUGUAUUCCAUACUACAAAUUCUAUGCAUUCUUUAGAUUGUCUUUUGAUGCCUACAUACUGGCCUCAGAUUGAAUGAAGCCCAUGCCACUGAAAACAGGAAAAAAUCCCAUCAGCCUUUAACAGACAAGCCCCACACUAAAAUUAUGGUGCAUGUGGAAUGAAGGAUGUGCGGGACAGGGUUCUUUCUCUAGCUGUUUGACAGCUAGUGUGGAAGAGGAAAUAUUGCAUGUCAAACUGCAGGAUUUUCUGAUUAUUAAUUUCAAAGUUUGUUUUUGCUUAAAAGCACAUAUAGGAUUUUAUUUUAUACUUCUGGUAGGUUCAGGAAAAGAAGUCCUGCUAACUUUGCUCAAAUAAGUUAGGCAGUAAAGUUUUGGGGAAAAAAAAAUUGAAACCAAAGUAUUUAUAAACUCACACUGUAAUAUAAGCUUAAAAUAAUCUUACUUAGGAAUUCAGUUGAGAUUACUCAAAGCAAAAUGUGUUUGUGGCAGCUGUUGCAUUGGAGAUGUAGUUUAAACAUGAAGAAUAUUCAGAAAUUGCAAACCUCAUUCUCAGGAAGGCUUUUUUCAUUUUAUUCAUAGUUGUGGCAUAUUCAGGGUUAUUCAUUUAUUGUUAGUGUAAUAAAGACAAAAGGGAUAUUGCAUCUGUAUUUUCUAGAAAUGGAUUUAUAUCUGCUGUGGUUUUGUCAGUCUAUUUCAUAUCGUUUCAAAAGAAUAAAAACACAUUUUCAAAAUGUUUGUUCUUGACAGGUGUAGAAUGAAAUAAUAUGUUUCCAAGCACUAAGGGAAAUAGGUGAAAGUAACAUACAGAAAAUAAUACAGUUAUUUUUAUUUUUAAUCUCAAAAUAAUAAACAGGAAUUAAUUUCUCA